GUGCCCCAACAAUUCCACCAAGCCCCUGCUGAAGGAGCCGCCCGGCGAGGAGGACUCGAAGCCCUUCGAAGCCCCCAGAGCUGCCCCAGCCCCUCCCCACCCCCCCAGCAACCCCCCAAUCCGGGGGCAGCCCCUUCCCAAGCCCCCACCUUGCUUUUCCCCCGCUUUCCCCUCCGGCAUCUUCCAGUCCAGCAAUUCCAGAGCCCAGGAACGGGAUGAGCCUCCGCCGGCAUCGACCGCCCAGCCCGAAGGCUCCGACUCCGUCAUUUUGCUGAAGGUGAAGGAUCCCAGGACGUCGGCCCCGAGCCCUCCCUUCUUCCAGGCAGAGCUGUGGAUCAAAGAGCUGACCAGCGUUUACGAUUCCCGAGCUCGGGAGAGGUUGAGGCAGAUUGAGGAGAAAAAAGCUUUGGCUUUGCAGCUCCAGAACCAGCGGCUGCAGCAGCGGGAGCAGGCGCUGCCCGGGCGGGUGGAUCUGAACCUGCGGGUGCCGCUGGAGAAGGAGAUCCCGGUGACGGUGGGGCCGGAGCAGGAGCAGGAGGAGCAUCCCAAGGGUCCCGAGGGAGAGGAGGAAUUCCCGGAGAUCACCGAGGAGAUGGAGAAGGAGAUCAAGAGCGUGUUCCGGGGCGGGAACCAGGACGAGGUGCUGAGCGAGGCUUUCCGUCUCACCAUCACCCGCAAGGACAUCCAGACCCUCAACAACCUCAACUGGCUCAACGACGAGAUCAUCAACUUCUACAUGAACCUGCUGAUGGAGCGGAGCAAGGAGAAGGGGCUGCCGGCCGUGCACGCCUUCAACACCUUCUUCUUCACCAAGCUGCGCUCGGCCGGCUACGGCGCCGUCAAGAGGUGGACCAAGAAGGUGGACAUCUUCUCCGUGGACCUGCUGCUCGUGCCCAUCCACCUGGGCGUGCACUGGUGCCUGGCCGUCGUGGAUUUCCGGAAGAAAACCAUCACCUACUACGACUCCAUGGGGGGCAUCAACAGCGAGGCCUGCAGGGUCCUGCUGCAGUACCUGAAGCAGGAGAGCCUGGACAAGAAGAGGAAGGAGUUUGAUGCCAAUGGGUGGGCCCUGCUGAGCAAGAAGAGCCAGGUGGGCUUUGGGAAGGGG